AUGGCUACGAGGGAUGAUGGUGAAAAUGGGUCUCGUGCUAAAAGAUUAAAGACGACAGCAGACACAGACCCUCGCUCAAAUCCGUACCUCGCGCACAUGUAUGAGAAUGAGGAUGUAUCGAAUGGAACAAAUCGUGAGUCGCCUCUCGCAGGCUUCAGGAGACAUGAGACAACCGCAGAGAUGGCAAAUGAGGUUGAAAGCGGAGGCGUGAACCCAUUUACAGGCAACCAAUUUUCAAGCAGAUAUGUCUCGAUACUGAAGACCCGUCGCGAUCUUCCAGUUCACCAGCAGAGGAAUGAAUUUCUAAAGCUUUAUCAACAAUCGCAAAUCCUCGUUUUCGUUGGUGAAACCGGUUCUGGAAAGACUACACAAAUUCCCCAAUUUGUGCUGUACGAUGACCUGCCUCAGUUUCGUGGGAAACUAGUUGCCUGUACUCAGCCACGACGUGUUGCUGCCAUGUCAGUCGCCGAGCGAGUCGCGAACGAGAUGGAUGUUACGCUUGGAGAGGAAGUCGGAUAUAGCAUCCGAUUUGAGGACAAGACAAGCUCCAAAACUAUUCUGAAAUAUAUGACAGACGGUAUGCUGCUACGUGAAGCAAUGCACGAUCACGAUCUUAAGCGAUAUAGCACCAUUAUACUUGACGAGGCUCACGAACGGACAAUGGCAACCGAUGUCCUCAUGGGUCUUUUAAAGGAAGUUGUUCUGCGUCGACCGGAUAUGAAACUCAUUAUCAUGUCUGCCACCUUGGACGCACAGAAAUUUCAACGUUACUUUUCCGAUGCUCCAUUGUUAGCGGUCCCAGGAAGAACCCAUCCUGUUGAAAUAUUCUAUACCCCAGAGCCAGAACAAGACUAUGUUGAAGCCGCGAUCCGCACGGUUCUACAAAUCCACGCAACGGAGCCGGAAGGUGAUAUAUUACUGUUCUUAACUGGAGAAGAGGAGAUUGAGGAUGCGGUUCGCAAGAUUUCUCUUGAAGUAGACGAAAUGAUCCGUGAAGUGGAUGCCGGUCCAAUGAAGGUCUACCCCCUAUAUGGUUCUCUACCUCCUGCCAUGCAGCAGCGCAUAUUCGAGCCUCCACCGCCGCCGCUAAAGUCAAAAGGCCGACCCGGAAGAAAGUGUAUUAUAUCCACAAACAUUGCCGAAACCUCACUUACCAUUGAUGGUAUCGUGUAUGUGGUAGACCCUGGAUUUUCGAAGCAAAAAGUGUACAACCCACGCAUUCGUGUCGAGUCUCUUCUUGUCUCUCCUAUCUCAAAAGCCUCCGCACAACAACGUGCUGGCCGUGCUGGUCGUACAAGACCCGGAAAGUGCUUCCGUCUCUAUACUGAGACCGCAUUCAAAAAGGAACUUAUUGAACAAACAUACCCUGAAAUCCUUCGUUCAAAUUUAGCGUCUACAGUCCUAGACUUGAAAAAGCUCGGUAUCGACGACCUGGUUCACUUCGACCUUAUGGAUCCUCCCGCUCCUGAGACUUUGAUGCGGGCGUUGGAAGAGCUGAAUUACUUGGCAUGUCUGGAUGAUGAGGGGAAUCUCACUGCCCUUGGCCGAUUGGCUUCCGAGUUCCCUUUGGAUCCGGCUCUAGCUGUGAUGCUGAUAAGCUCUCCAGAGUUUUACUGCUCUAACGAAAUCCUCUCGAUAACAUCCUUACUGUCGGUUCCUCAGAUUUUUGUUCGCCCUGUAGCCCAGCGGAAACGUGCAGAUGAAAUGAAAAACCUCUUCUCUCACCCAGAUGGCGACCAUCUUACCCUGCUCAAUGCCUACCAUGCCUUCAAGGGGCCUGAAGCACAGGCUAACCCGCGACAAUGGUGCCAUGAUCAUUUCCUCUCGCUCCGAGCUUUACAGUCCGCCGAUAACGUACGGCUACAACUUCAACGCAUAAUGGAGCGUGAAGAAAUUGAAUUGGUAUCUACACCAUUCGAAGAUAAAAAGUAUUACGAAAAUAUUCGCCGCGCACUAGUGGCUGGAUUUUUCAUGCAAGUUGCAAAAAAGGAAAGCCAAGGAAAGAGCUUGUAUCGUACAAUCAAAGAUAACAACGACCCAGUUUUGUUGCAUCCCAGCACAGUUUUGGGAUAUGAGGCGGAAUGGGUCUUGUAUAAUGAGUUUGUCUUGACAACGAAGAGCUUUAUUAGAACCGUCACUGCGGUUAAAGGAGAAUGGUUAUUGGACAUAUCACCGACAUACUACGAUAUAUCUAGUUUCCCAAAAGGGGAGAUUCGGUCUGCAUUGAUUCGAGCUGGCGAAAGGCUAUCUCGUAAAGAGAAAAUGCGAUCCGAUGCAAGCAAGAGACGAUGA